AUGGAUCAUAGGCUGGUAAUUUUUGCCUUUUCGGUAAUAUUUGGCUUUCUGGUCUGCGGUGAGGCUGCUUUUGUUAAAAUGACGAAUGCAGUGUGCAAGUCCUAUAACCAAUCGUGGGUUGUUAUUCAUUACUGCCGCCUGAAGGCCUACUCCAGAACCAAGACCAGCUUAAAUGUAAAUCUCACGUUAUCGGAGCCAGCCAAGAACAUACACCUCCACAUGACGAUGAUGAAGAGGGCCAAUGGGUAUAAGCCCUUCUUGUUUGAUUACACACUCGACGCCUGCGAAUUCAUGCGAAGGCGGAAUCAGCCGUUCGCCAAAAUCGUUUGGAACCUAAUAAGGAACGUAUCCACGGUCAACCACACUUGUCCUUAUGAGGGCGUGCAGAUACUAAGCGACUUCCAUCGCAUUGAGCUUCCUCUGCCAUUUCCGUCUGGGGAGUACUUAUUCUUACUGGACUGGAUGUUCGAUUUGAAGCCGCAGUUUGCCUCGAAUGUAUAUUUCACCCUUAUCGAGGAUAAUUUUUAG